AAAAAAUUUAAAAAAUCAUUUCUUAAAUAUUGCAUCAAAUCAACCAUAUAAAGAGGAAAUUGGGGGAGUAAUUAGUAUGCAAUGCAAGACACCAACGUCGAACUAAUUUUUUGCUGUCAUCUUCUGCAAUAAUUGAAUCUUCCCCAAAGUCAAUUAUACAUAUCGCCGGCGCAUCAUCGGAGUAAUUGCAUCUGAAUAUCCAUUUGAUACGAAUAUUAUCACAAAAUACGGCAGCAUCGAUGUUUCCUCCACGUCAGAUCGCCGUUACCCUCGCGUUUCCGCUCUUAAUCAUCUUCCUCACAACUCUACCGCCGUUAAUCACCGCCGCAGCCGACUCCGCCGCCGGAAAUGGUGACACUUCCCUCACUGCUUACGACUUACUCGUAAGCUACGGCUUCCCUGUCGGAAUUCUUCCACAGGGUGCUAUUGGGUACGAUCUCGAUAAGAACACCGGAAAAUUCAGUGUCCACCUUAAUGGGUCUUGCAGUUUCGCACUAGAAGGGUCCUAUCAGCUUAGGUAUAAAUCGACAUUCGGUGGGUACAUAGCUAAAAAUAGGCUGUCAAGCCUAUAUGGGGUUAGUGUGAAAAUUCUGUUUCUGUGGCUCAAUAUUGUGGAGGUUGUUAAGAAUGGUGACAAUCUUGAAUUCUCUGUUGGAAUUGCUUCGGCUAGCUUUCCCACUUACAAUUUCUUGGUUUGUCCACAAUGUGGAUGUGGAUUGAAUUGCAAUAGCAAUGGACAUAUUCUAAAGAUUCGAAACAGUAAUCUUGUCUCUUCGGUUUAGCUGCACACAGAAGGAUGAUGGGGUUUGAGUUUGCUGACAGAGAUACUUGCAACUCAUGGAAAAGAUCAGGUGACAUUGUUGCAGUGUACAGAAAUCCCGAAAUGGUCAUUCUCCUCCUUCCUCCUCAUCAUAGUUACAAUACAAAACUGAAAGUCGAAAACUCAUGUGUUCAUUUACAUUGUCUUUAUGUUUUCUACUAUUGCGUCAUGACUCUGUCAUGAAUACACAAUCUUCUUGAAAUUGCUGUUUA